AUGUCGUCUGUUGCUGAGAUUGAAGCUGAUUUGAAAGAGUUGCAAGGUCUUAAGGCUCAGGCCACUCGUGUUAACAAUCAGACCUUCUUAAACUCUAAGAUCAAGGAGUUAGAAAAGAAAUUGACUGAGAAGAAGUCAUCAGAGACUGCCGCACAAAAGACUUCUACUCCUAGUGUUGUUUCUACCAAUGCUCUUCUUGCCACUUCUAGAUUGACCAACUAUGCUAUGGAUCAAUCUGAUAAGUUCGUCAAGUUGUACAUCCCUUUGAAGGGAAUUCAAGAUGUUCCUGCCGCUAACAUUACCACAAACUUCCAAAAGAGAGAGUGCGAAGUAAUUGUUAAUGGUUUGAACAACAUGAACUACUGCUUUUCAAAGAAGGGACUUUUGAAUGAGAUCAUCCCUGAAUCCUCUCAGAUCAAGCAAAAAACCGAUGACCUGCUCAUUAUGCUCCGCAAAAAAGACGCUCAGAACUGGGAUACCUUGACCGAACUGGAACACGCCGACAAGGAGAAAAACAGGCCAAAAAUGGACGAAUCAGCCGAUCCCCAAGCCAGCCUCAUGAACAUGAUGAAGGAAAUGUAUGAUACCGGUGAUGAUGAGAUGAAGAGAAAUAUCAAGAAGGCAUGGUUCGAAGGACAGAAUAAGAAUGGAGGCAUGAUGCCACCUAUGUGA